AAGUUUUGUUAAAGAAACAAAUAAUAUAAGAAAGGUAAUAAAUGUCUUCAAUGUGUUUUUUGUGUAUGCAGUUUAUGGCAGGAUGCUGAAAGCAGGGUUUACUUAGCAAAGGAACUUGAUAGAAUGAUGGGUCAGAGUUGGAUUUAUAUGACAAGUAAAAGCUAUUCAUUCCAGCAAACCUAAACCUAGCAAAUCAGGCAUGAGAAGAAUUGUUUACUGUUUUAAGUUCUGAGCACCAAACAUCGACAGUAGAGAGAGAGAGAGAGAGAGAAGGAAGAGUUCAAAUAUCCCAUCACAUUAAGCAAACCUACCCCUGCAACAUCAGUUGAUUGAUUUUUUGAAGAAGUUGGUUGUGGGAAGUAUUUUCUUAGAUGACUCAUUUGCCAAUGAUUGCAAAGUUCCAGAUAAGCAUGACAUGUUUAUCAAUGGCAAAGUUAACUACUAGGCUAUAUGCUGCAUAAAUUAGAAUUUGUUGAUGAAAUUAUGUUGGAUCAUGCACCGUGCUAAUGACAAGUUUAUGGUACCUGCUUUUUUUCCCUGAACAAAUCCAGAAAUGAGGUUGAAAUUGGGAAAAUCUGUUAUUUCAGUUGACGAUUCAUGGAAAAUCUUAGGAUGCAGGGAACAGCUGAAGAAAUUAUCAGCCUUGGAGAUGGAUCUAGCUACGGCCAGACAGAAGGGUUUUGUUUCAAAUUAUUUACCAGAGAUGAAUAAGACUCCUAAGAAAAAUCCACUUGUCGUGAUAGGAAUACUUACAGGAUUUGGACGCAAGAAUGAAAGAGAGGCUAUACGCAACGCAUGGAUGGGAACUGGUGCAGCUUUGACAAAAAUGGAGGACAAUAAAGGCAUCAUUGUUCGAUUUGUCAUCGGUAGAAGUUCUAAUCGAGGAGACAGCUUGGACAGGAGCAUUGACAGUGAAAACAAACAAACCAAUGAUUUUUUCAUCCUUGAAAACCAUAUAGAGGCACCUGAGGAACUACCGAACAAGACAAAAUUAUUUUUUGCUCAUGCCGCAGAAAGUUGGGAUGCUGACUACUAUGCAAAAUUCAAUGAUGACGUCUAUGUAAACAUUGAUGCCUUGGGAAAUAUACUGGCUGCUCAUUUGAACCAGCCUCGUGUAUAUAUUGGGUGUAUGAAAUCAGGUGAUGUUUUCUCCGAAAGCGGUGAGAAAUGGUAUGAACCAGACUGGUGGAAAUUUGGAGAUGGAAAAACUUACUUCAGACAUGCUUCAGGUGAGAUGUUAGUGAUAUCGAAGGCUUUGGCUAAAUUUGUAUCAAUCAAUAGAUCUAUUCUUCGCGCAUAUGCCCAUGAUGAUGUCAGUGUUGGUUCCUGGUUUAUUGGUGCCAAUGUCGAGCAUAUUAAUGAAAGGAAGUUUUGCUGCUCAUCUUGGUCAUCAGGAGCUAUAUGUUCAGGUGUAUAAUCUGUGUCAUGGACGAAGAUCCCAAUAACAGUAUAAAGAAAAGAGCAGUUCCUCUAAUUUUCCAAGGGGUGUUUGUACACAGCUAUUUAGUCUGCUCUGCAUGGAGUUCGUUACUGAGUCAUCGGUAUUGACAUUUUCUUUGACAGAAGAAAGAAGAAAGAUCUCUUCAAUUUUUGACUUGGAAGCAUUUUACGAGGGAAAAAAAAAAAAGAAAAAAAAAGAAGUCUUCUAUGCAUAUUCGACUGGGAAUACAGUGCCAUAUGUCAAAUGGCUUGGACACAGGACUAAUUCUACAUAUUUCUGGACACAUAUAUUUGGACAGAAAUACUCAGGAACAGGUACAUGAGAUGUUGGCAAUAGGAACCUUUAGGUAGCAAUUGACUAAUUGACCAAACUAUUAAUUCUGGUUUUCCUAUCAUUGGGAAGAUUACAUUCACUCAUUCUUUUAUAUUCUGGGGAGAAUAACCUUUUUUUUUUUUAAUUCAUUUUUUUGUUGGAUAUCUACUAUCUGCUUCUUACAUGCAUCUUUUGAAGUAGUUUGUGAUCCCUAUCACUUAGCCUAUUUACUUGCACAGUUUAUUGGAUUCUGGCAUUGUAUUUUUGAAGUGGAUGAAAAUUUUCUCUUACUUUUUUCUUCA